AUGUUGAGGAUAAGACGGCCGUGCGUACCGAGGGUGAUAGUGUCCUUUGGUCGCCGCAGUUUUGUGGGCAAAGAGUUGCCAAGCGAGACUUCAACAGCACCAACGACCCCAAAGACCGCAAUGGGUAUACAUCUUUCAGUGAACAGGCUUGUGAUACCUGAAAUUGCAGCAUUUGACGUGAGGAGGACUGUCGUCACAGACCAGGGAGUUCUUGAAGCGAAAAUGCUACCGAAGAAGCUAUCAGAUGACCAGAUCCACGAUAGGAAUCAGACGUACAUCAAUGACAUCUUCAACCACCUCUCCAAUAUUUCCACCAAUGCCGUGGACAGUCGACCGGAAGUGACAAGAAGCUUCUUUGUGGCUUCGAAACCUCUCCGUAAGGAUGAUAUUUCACUAUCGCAGGCGGUAGUGAGCAGUCGAGAUUUGAAUCAGCUGGUGAUAGACUUGGCUCAUUGUGACACUCCAAAGACGCCUAUCUCUACAUCAGUAUUGCCAUAUUUUUUCAAGUUGAUGAUGAGAACUGGGAACCCGACGAAUUUUCAUUCUGUGAAACUUUUCAAUAGCUUGAUCAAGUAUUUUUUGGACCUGAGAGAGCUGGAGUACUCUCUGGCACUCUUCUAUAAGAUGAAGGAGGGCCAACAUCGUCCAAAUACAACGACCUACAACCUGUUCUUGCACAACUUGGUUACUGUGGAAACACAUGGGGUAAAUCCAUUGAAGACAACUAGACGAAUGCUAAGGGACAUGGAAGCAAAUAACAUAGCUGCGGACCUGGUGACAUGGAUUUUAGUGUUUCGAGUCUUGCCAGACAGUAUCUCCAAACAGACUUUAAUUCAGAUGGUGAAGGACAGAAAUAUUCCUCUCGAUGAAAGAUUUACACAGACCAUUUUGACAGGUCUAGAAGGUCAACCAGGUGAGAAGCUUGUUGAAUUUCUUGAUGCUUAUCCUGAGUUGAACAGCUCGAACAACCUGGUGCAGGACUACGUGAUAUCGAGAUAUUUAGUUGUGAAUGACGACCCUCGUCUAGCAUGGGAAUAUCUGAACUCCAAAGACAUGCGGGCGACCACUCGUACAAUGAACUUGUUUGUUCAGCAUUCUGCCAAUGUUGGAGCGAUUGCAAAUGCCUUGGGCUACAUGAGUCUUUUCAACCAGGAGUUUGGACUUAAGCCUGAUAAGCAAACUUUUCGAAUUCUUUUCAGUGGGGUAUUGAAACUUGGAUACUAUCAGCACUGGAGGACUAUGCUUCGUGUCAUUUUUAACCGAGCUGAUAAUGUGUUUGGAAAUGCUGAGAGGUUAUUGUCAACUCAGAUCACCAAGGCAAAUGCGCGAGCAUUGCGCGAAAGGAAAAACCCAAAUCUGUUAGAUUUAGAUUCAAAACUGUCUCCUGACGAGUUCAAGCUAUUGAAGACAUUGUUCCUGACAGAAAUAAAAAUAGAUAACGACAAACAGAUGAAGCUGCUCCGAGGUCUUUUCCAAUCACCAAAGGGAAGAAGACCACUCAACAGAAAGGUUGAUAAGAGCAAAUCUGUCGAGUAUCUGAAUCAACGUCGCAACGAUUGGCUCGAAAAACGAGUUGAGUUCGAACGAUACAUCAAAGAAAACGGUCUGGCUGCUCUGGUUAGAAGAGAACUGGCAGCUCAAGAUUUUGUCCAGGGUCAGUUGUUAGACCAGCUGACUGGAGGCAACCAAGGUGAUGACAGCAAGCAUGAACCAAGGGAAACGAACAACUAG